GACUGUAGAGUUUAGUGGUUCGUGUCAUGCGUUUGUACGGUAUUGUGUUGCGUUUUCUGUGUAAUAUUGGCUUAGGAGGGUAAUCAUGGACUGCAAGGGAACUAGUUGGGUGAAAAAAGAGAAGAAUGAAAUACAUGCUGAACCAGAAUCCUUGUUUCUUGAAGGUACGCUAAAGAUUGGAAUGCCAAGUCUCCAUAUAAAGCAAGACUUAGAACUGAAACAGGAGGAUGGCAUUGAGCGUGAUUGUCUUGAAGAUAACUUGGGAAUCUCUCAUCCAAAUGAUUUUAUCAAGGAGGAUCCUGAACUAAAUUUGGAGGUGGCAGCCUCAAUAAGAAAAGCAUCUGAUAGUUUAAGUUUCAUUCAAAGUGCUGGUGACAGCUGUGACAUUUCAUAUCAAGAAACGUUACAUCAAGGAGUAGUCAAUGACAAGCUGGAGAUAUAUGCAGAGAAGUCAACAGAUUUCAGUGUGUCUCACAACUAUACCAAAAUACAGACUUUACAAGAAGAUGGCUUAUGUGGCACAAGAUUAAGUUCUAGCAUCAGGGAAAAGGAAUUCCAUAAGUUUAACUGUAGUUUCUGCCUACAGAGCUUCCCUUCAAAAUACAGACUCAUAAUGCAUAUUUUCAUCCACAUUGACGGUGUGCAGGCACCUGCAUUUGUGUGUCAGUCAUGUGGUGAGGUAUUUCCCACUGAUGACUGCUUGAAAGAACAUUUGAGAAUGAGGGAGGGUGACCAAGCAUUAUCUGCUACCAACAGUGAGAAACUUGAAUGCAGUGAUCAUGAAAACAAUAUCUCCUUCAAGUGUGUACAAGAAGGGAUUGUGGAACAGACCGAGGAGCACCCUUCGUGCAAGGUACCCAGGAAAACUUUUAAAAAAUCCCUUAAAGACAUAAGUAAUACACAUACUGUGAAAGAAGCUGAAGAGAAACUCGAAAGAUGUAAUGACUGUGGAAUUUUAUGUAAACGUGACCAUGUUCAUGUCCACACUGUGCAAAGUGCAAAGAGACAUCACAAAUGUGAUGUUUGUGUUUCAAUGGAUGGUGUUGUUGAUGUAGAGGCAGAGUGCAACCCUCAAGAUGACCAGAAAACGCUUUACAGGAAGUCACUGGAUGUUGCAACCGUGCAGGACCUCGAGACGCAUUGCAUCGCAGUGCCGGUUGUGGCGCGCCUGGCACAGAGCAGCUGGAGUCACGGACCGCCGCCGCCUGCAGAGGGAGACCAGCAGCCCACAGACGAGGAGAGUCGCGGCGGCGCCCUGGCGGUGGUUCGCAGCAUCACCUGGACCUCUGGCAGGGGACUCUGCGGUGGUCUCGCGUGCCUCGUCGCUGCCGACUGCACCAACCCCUGCCCCGUGCAUGGGGGAGAUGGCGGGGGCGAGGACCACCCUGAGCAGCGGAAGACGCAGACGGAGGGGGCGUGGGUGUCACAGAGACUGUGGAACAUCGAGCCGAGAUCCGUGCUGGCUUGGAGCCCAUCGGAGGUGGUGCAGGGAGCGGCAGAAAGUCAGUAG